UUUAAACCUUGCAUAUGGCGCCGAAUAAUUUCGUUUCCAGUCCCUUUCAGAAAUUAUGACCACCCUGUAAAGUCAUUUCCAUUCCAUACUUCUCUUGCCUUUAAGAAGCGUAGGUCUCAAUUUUCAUUACACUGACGUCCCUCCACAAAUCCUCAUGCGUUAAAAAUGCCUCCACAAAGAGAGCACUCAACACCAUCAUCACCCGGCGAGAAUCCAGAAUCUGUUCCAUCUAAAGUGGAUCUGGCUCCACGACAAAGUCAAGCCCAAAGCCCCAGUGUUGACAAGACUGGCUGGUCCAAGAAUAUCUUGGCGAAAGUGGCCUCGUCCAAUUCAUUUUCCAACGCUUCCAACAAUCAGACUGCUCGCGCUGCCAGACGAUAUAAGAUCAUUCAACAUGAGCGUGUUGGCGCCGUUAUUAGCAAUGAGAACCAUGGCUUUGGACACGAAUCAGACACACUCAUCUCUGGACAAGGACAGGACAUUGAUUGUAGUCUCACAAGCCCCAAGAUUCUCGGGGCCCUACUCAUUUCAACACUGUUGCUAACCUUGAUCUUGCUGCUCAUUUUGAAAUGGUUGAAUUUGAUCGAAAUGUGCCCAAAGCGACUGAAAGGAGGAGCAAGUCGCAAUCUUAUAUUUGAGUCCAAUCAUGGAUUCAAACAUGCAUAUGAUCCCACGGAUUGCGAAGCCAGCGCCCUUCCACCCAUCCAGGAAUCGAUUUGCCCCGAGACUUCAGUGAGAAUCGAUAACAUGAAUGGAUCUGGAUUGACAACCAAUUCGAAAUACAUUAUUCACUCUCCAAGAGACCGGGUUAGGAAGCUUAGUCAUGUGGGCAAAUUCCCGAUUUCCACAGAGAAGCUGCACUCGUACAUCAGUCCCUUGUGGGACAAUGGACCACGGAAGAGGAGCUUCGAGAAUAUGCGUCCCCAAAAUGCUCCUCCGUCAGGUUCUUUUGUGUGAUGCCCCAGAACCCGACA